CAAACAUGCUGAAGAUUGAGAUAGAGGUUAAUAAAGCUAUAUUUUUAAAUUGUUUUUGUAUCUUCACUUUAGUGUCAGGCUAUUUUACGACAUGUAUUUCAAAGAGGGCGGGGCUUUGCCAAAAGGAAGGACUGCCUCGGCUCGGCACGAGCGGGACCAAGGGUUGCCGUGGUAACCGACCUAACGUAACGUACGUUCAUUCAAAAGGACCACAGGUACUACAGUCCCGUUGAGAACGAAGAUGGAGGUUGAGACGACGGAGACUUUACGCUCGACCCCGACUCGACAUGAAAAAAGUUUGGGGCUCCUCACGAUGAAGUUUGUCUGUCUACUACAAGAAACUAAGGAUGGCGUCCUUGAUUUGAAAGUGGCUGCGGAUAGCUUGGCUGUCAAGCAAAAGAGGAGGAUUUACGACAUUACCAAUGUGCUGGAAGGUGUGGGUCUGAUUGAGAAGAAAAACAAAAAUGUGAUACAGUGGAGAGGUCAAGACAGAAACAGCCAAACUCAGGAGGUACUGGGGCAGGUCAAAGCUUUAAAGGCCCAAAUCUCUGAGCUCGAGACUCAAGAAAAAGAGCUGGAUGAGCAGAGUGCCUGGCUGGAGGAAAACAUAAAACAUCUCAACCAUGAUCCUGUCACCAGUGCCUAUAAGUUUGUGACACAUGAGGACAUCUGCAGUGCUUUUGGUGAAGACACCCUAGUGGCCAUUGUGGCUCCUUCUGGAACCCAGCUGGAAGUUCCUCUUCCUAAAACGCAGAAAAGCGGUCAGAGGAAAUACCAGGUGAACCUGCGGAGCCAUUCAGCUCCCAUCCAAGUGACACUUAUGAGCCGAGGUUCAGACAGCGUACCAGUGGUCCUUCCUCUACCACCCACUGAUGAUAUCUGCCUGAUGCCAACUCCACCCAGCACCCCCGCCAGUCUGCAGAGGUUACCCCUCUUAAACUCUGCUUGCUCCACAUCCACCACCACCCCUCUGUACUGCAGCCAGGACUCAAUCUGCUCAGACCACCAGAUGGUGCUGCUAGACCUCGAUGAAGUGCUGACAGCAGCAGCCACCUCUGGUGAUGAUGAGGAAAUGGGUAAGAAUAGAGAUUGUCACUUGCAGCCAGGAGCCAUGUUGGAGCAGCAUCAGAUAGACCUGACAGAUCCUGAUCUCCAGACGAUGCUGGAUGUUGGCAACCUGCUGAAGCUCAGCAGCCCUGGAGACCACGUGGAGGAUGAUCAAGAAGGAGCUGUUGACCUAAUUGAUGAGCUGAUGUCUGCUAAUGGUGUUGACUACAGCUUCAAUCUGGACGACAGUGAGGGAGUGAGCGACCUGUUUGACGUGCAGAUCCUUAAUUACUGAUCUCAGAUUGAAGCUCCGAGAAACUGUUCUUUUUGCCCAAAAGACCCAAAUAAAUUGGCAUUUUUACUAUUUAGUUGUAAUUGCACAACUAAUACCUUACAUUGUAGCCUUUUAAUAAAAACAAAACCAGAACAGAACAAAACAACAAUGCCCACAACACCCGUAGUCUGCACAGCUGUACAUCAGACAUCCUAUACAUUCAGUUUACAACACUGGCCUACUGCCAAAAAAAAAAAAAAAUUACCCAAGUCCUUAAAUAUCUGCUAUUUAUUUAUUUAUAUGGUAUUGAUAUUUUAAUGGUUUUCUAGGUAAACACAGCACAGCACAGAUGAGAUGAAUAAGAGGAAAGAAGCAAAAACUCUUUACCAAAAGAUUUUUCACAGGGUUUGUGAGUUUGAUCACAGGUUUCAUAGUUUUGUUCUACCUACAUUAAAUGAGUAAAUAUUUUAUUCUUGGAAAAAAACAAAUUUUAUUUAUGUAUAUAAUUCACACUGCCACUAAAGGCCUUGCUUUUUUUUAAAAUCACAGUUGUAUUUUAUAUAACGACAUUUCAUAUUUAAAAAAGGUUCUAGUUCUUUUUAUUGAUUGUGAGUAAUAUUUCAUAUUUCUAAUGAGUAAUAUAAACCCUGAAUGGCACAUUUUGUUCAUUUAAAUGAAGUUGUUUUUGUUGCACAUAAGAUAGUUUUCAUACAAUUGCUUUAAAGAAAUUUUCCAACUCAAAAAGCAGCACAGUUUAAGGGAAAAAAGUAUUUGUUUGUGAAUCUGUGAAAUUAUACAGAUGGCACUGUUUAUGAUAAAUUACCCAACAUUUAACAAUGAAUUGAAACUUUUUCUUCUGCUUCUCUCUUUUUUUUUUUGGCUGAGCAAAGUGUUUUGCUGUCACUGCAGCAGAUGCCGAACCUCAGUCAGAUGUUUUCCACAUGAGAGCACAAGGAAAGAAUGACCUGAAGAAAAAAAAAAACUUGAUCUGAAUCAGCUGGGAAACAGAAACCCAGACAGAAAUCUCUGAAUCUCAUUAAUGAGGAGUUGGUUUAUACUUUCUUUUUUAUUUAUUUAUGUUACUGUAUAUGUGUCUGUUAAUGUUCUCAAACAUGGAGGAAAUCAAACAUUUAAGUGUUGUGCUCUUUACAGUUCAGCCACACAUUGAUUUAUUAUCAUAGUUUUAAAAAGUUUGCAGUGACAAAAUGUUAGAUAUGAUUAUCCUGUUAUUAAAGUGUCUUUCAGUUUGCUUGCUGUGUGUGUGUGUGUGUGUGUGUGUGUGUGUGUGUACAGUUAUUUAGAUGUUCAGAGGAAUUCAGGAAAUGAGAACUGUGUGUUUUUUGUCCACAAUAAACAGUUCAAUCCCUCGGGAUAUCAAAGUUC